CAUGAAUGAAGGUGAGGAAGAGCCCAAGGACUUUUUUCAGCUGAACGAUGAGAAGCUUUCGGCAGAUGACAUUUCAUCACGGGUGAUCUCUCCCUGCUGUGGGGCUGUGUCUUUGUUUGUAGGCACUACCAGGAAUCAUUCUGAGGGGAAAAAAGUCAUUAAAUUAGAAUAUGAAGCAUAUGCACCCAUGGCAGAAGCGGAAUUAAAGAAAAUAUGCACAGACAUUAGAUCCAAAUGGCCCUCAGUAAAACAUAUAGCAAUAUAUCACAGACUGGGUUCAGUUCCGGUUAGCGAAGCAAGCGUGAUGGUCGCAAUCUCUUCGCCUCACAGAGCAGAAUCUCUUGAGGCAGUGCAGUAUUGCAUCAAUACUUUGAAAGCAACUGUCCCUAUAUGGAAAAAGGAGGUCUAUGAAGAGGAAUCGUCUUGGAAAGAAAACAAGGAGUGCUUUUGGGCCAAGACAGAAAAAUAGAACUCUCAUAACAUGUUCUCUGAAACUGCCUGUCUGUUUUAUAAUAAUACAGAAGACAUUUAGAUUUUG